GAAGAGGCGGAAAGGAGAGAGAGAGAGGAAAAAGAAAGGGCAGAGAAAGCCAAAAAAGAGAGAGAGGAGAGAGAAAGGAAAGAGAAGGAGGAACGGGAGAUAAAGGAGAGAGCGGAGAAGGCGCGUCAGGAGGAGGCCAAGCGAGCCGCCGACGAGAAGGCCUCGCCAGCGCAGCCGGUCAAGCGAGCCAAGGCCAUGGACAGACUUCUCGAGGAGCAGUCCAGGAGCUCCGACUCGUCAGUCGAGGAUGCCUUUGAAAAGAUGGCCCAGGAGGCCGCGGAGGAGGAGGAGGUAGAGGAGUUCUGGGAAGGACGUGACGUGACCUCCCCUGAGGGGGCCAAGGAAGCUGAUCCUAAGGAAGAGGCCAAGAAAGAAGUUGCAAAGGAAGACAAGAAAGAUGUUGUGACUCCGCAGUCGACACCGAAGGAAAAACCUGAGCCUUCGAAGCCUGCUGAAGCAAAGCCUGAGUCCCCAAAACCAGCUAAGGUCAAGCCUGAACCUCCCAAACCAGCAGAGGUCAAGCGUGAGCUUCCCAAACCAGCAGAAGUCAAGCCUGAGCCUCCCAAACCAGCAGAGGUCAAGCCUGAGCCUCCCAAACCAGCAGAAGUCAAGCCUGACCUCCAAACCGGCAGAGGUCAAGCCUGAGCCUCCCAAACCAGCAGAAGUCAAGCCUGAGCCUCCCAAACCAGCAGAGGUCAAGCCUGAGCCUCCCAAACCAGCAGAAGUCAAGCCUGAGCCUCCCAAACCAGCAGAGGUCAAGCCUGAGCCUCCC